AUGGAGGUCUUAAGAAUAAUGCCACCAGGAGAAGAUGCAGAAAAAGAUCUAAAAAGGGUGGUUGGUGAUUUAUUAACAAAUUUAAUGCCCAAACGUAAAUGGCGUCUACUUAAAGAUGAAUUCCCCUUCACUAACCCUUCUAUACAGGCUGAGGUGAUGGAUGACGAUGGUCGUUAUUUGGAGGUUUUAGGUGGUGGUGUGUUACUCCCCUCUAUAGUAUCAUCAGCAAUGCCCCCACCCCCCGCAGCAGCAGGAGGAGCAGCAGCAGGAGCAGCAGGAGCAACAGCAGCAGCAAACCCUCCAUCUGUUUGGGCAUUAGGGAAGCAUGAGGAAGGGCUGCUGACUUUAUUAAGGGGAGGAGGGGGCCCUCUUCCUGCUGCAGAGAUAAAUAUAACAGAUAAAUUUUAUAAUAAUCGUCUUAAUAAAUAUUCAAUUACUCUUCGCUUCUUAUUUAAACCUCCACCUUCUGUAUCGGACCCUGCAGUGUUUUCUAAUCUAACCCAACAACAAAUGCAGUUUUUAUCAACUGCUGUUUGCGAGACCUUCCCUACAGAAGUUACCUGGGUAGUCUGGGAGGAGGAGGCCAUACUUCUCCUUCAACCAACUGCAUACACCCAAGCGGAACAACAUUAG